GCAGCCGUUGCACUCAUGACGGACCGAGAGCAGUUCCAAGAGGCUUCCGAGCUUCGGGCGCGGCCGCCGUCGCGACUUCCGAAGGACCUCGUGCCCGGGGACGAGUCCAUGACUGCGUCCAUGGCGCGAGUCGCAGUCCCGGUCCCAUGAUGAAUUUGCGAACGGGGUCAGCUCGACGAGCAUGGAUCGUCGUUCCGUGAUGAGCUCUAGCGCUGGCGAAAGUGUAGAUGACAGUUGCAGUCCUCCUCCUAUCGCGCCGCACGUUGUCAGACCCCGCGAGGGUCCAUGACGACGACGACGAGGAGUGUCGUCGCGUCUGCGCUCGCGAACGCAGGACUGGAGAAUGCGCGCACGUGUUGUACACACCGGAAGUAUGUGGAGAGUUUGACAUUACUUACAUUACGUUCGUAGAGGGCGGUCGAGGCUCGCGAGCAUCGGUCAAAAGAUCUCAGGAGCUGAGCAGCAUCGUUUCCCUCAUCCGCCCUCCCCUUCUCUUGUCUUCUCUGAUCAAUUCUCCGACACGACGCUCCUUUCCUUGCUUCGGGUCCGUCGGUCCCCAUUUCCACGACAGCAGCUGGAGAAUUGUUUCUGCCUCGGGAUGCGAAGAGAUUCCGUUGAAUCGCCAGCGCGUCGGAAUUGUCGAAGUGCGUUCAAUUUCGCAGUCUCCGCGUUUGGACUCAGGGCUCACUCGAGAGGAGCAGGAAGUCACCUUGAUGCUCGAACACGCAGGCUAUGUCUUCCUUCGGCGACCUGUCGCCCAAUAAUCUAUCCGACGUUAACCUCAACAUUGCGUACAAUUCGGAAGCGAUCAGACAUGGGGCUGAAUUCAGCUCGUCCGCUGUUGUCGAUCAUUUUGUUCUGCUUGGUGCUGCUCGCGUCAAUACCGCCAGGAAGCGCCGCGCUGCCCGACGAAGAGAUAACUGCCCUUGAGAUUAUGCGCGAUACGUUCAAUCUGGGAAACUGGACAGGUGAUCCUUGCGAUACCGUUUCCUGGAUAACUUGCUCUGGAGCCGCAACAAACGUCGAAACUAUAAACUUGACGAGCAGAAAUUUGACCGGUAGUAUACCACCUGAAUUCUCGAAUAUGAAGGCGAUACGUGACAUAGAGCUAGCAGACAAUCCAGGACUAUCGGGAGUCUUACCAGACUUAAGCCAAUUCAUCAUUUUAAAUAUAAAUGUAAGCUUCUGUGCUCUGACUGGCACGAUUCCGGAUUUUAAGACGUCCGGUGGCAUUGAGAUCCUGAAUCUGCAGAGUAAUGACUUCGGCGGAACGCUAGGUGUGGCGUUGUUUCAACAUGGUUUUCUUCGGGAAGUGAACUUGAGUGGAAAUCCCAAACUGACAGGGACGAUUCCUAGCCUUAAUCAGGCAGAUGAUAUUGAAAAUCUGUUUUUAAACGACUGUAAUUUUACUGGCGCUGUGCCCUCCUUGAGCUCAAACAUAAAUGUCGAAUACAUAGCUUUGCAGAACAACCGCUUGACAUCCAUGCCACUCGACUUGGGAGCGUUGGCUGUGCUAAACACUAUCAAUGUGGACAACAAUGAGAUGGUUGGAACAUUACCGAAUCUUCCUUCUGGUUCUAGUCAAAAUCCGGAUGGAAGUAAUCUCCAGACGAUAAUCUUCAGCAACAAUCGUUUCUCAGGAGAGAUCCCAAGUUCUUGGACAGAGCUUACGUAUGUGCGAGAGAUUAUUCUCACCAACAACAAUCUUUCUGGACCAAUUCCAGAUGGCUUAGGCCUCCUUACGAAUCUCCAAAUAUUGGAUGUCAGGAAUAAUCAUUUUAGCGGAACUGUUCCCCAGACGUUUGCUGCUCUUCCUAACCUCAAGACUCUGUUGCUGGACAACAACACAUUCACCGGUAUACCCGAAGUUUUAGCAAACAAGAACGGCUUGGAAAUCUCAUUUGCCAACAAUCCCAAUAUAGAGAUCCUCGCUGAUCCGGAAGCAUCAAAGUCAAGUAAUUCUGUAGGAGUAAUUAUUGGAGUUGUGGUUGCUGUCUUGGUGAUCGGUAUAGGAAUUACGGUGUGGGCCGUAAUGUUUAGAAGGAGAAGGAAAAGGAAGAGUGAAGGUGGAGAUCAAGUAUCGAAAGAGGACAUGCCCGAGUCAGCCCAGAGUUUCACUUUGAAGGAAAUUAAAGCAAUUACUAAUGACUACAAGACAGUGAUCGGAAAAGGGGGGUUCGGACCAGUCUACCUUGGUAGACUACCAGACGGCAAAGAGGUCGCAGUGAAAGUCAGGGCUUCUGAUUCUAAACAGGGAGCAGAUGAGUUUCUGAAUGAGGUCAGACUACUGUCAAGACUGCACCAUCGGAAUCUGGUGUCCUUGAUUGGGUACUGUCUAGAAGCACAGCAACAAAUCCUCCUCUACGUCUACAUGCCACAAGGCACUUUGCAAGAUCAUCUUUUCCAGAAAGCUAGCUCCAAUCCUUCGACUAGUACAUCAGACUCAAGCAUCGUCUCAAUACGUGAGACGCUAAGCUGGAAGAAGCGACUGGAUAUUGCUAUCAAUGCUGGAAGAGGGCUGGAGUAUCUGCACAAAGACUGCAGGCCUCCCGUUAUACAUCGAGAUGUUAAGAGUGCCAAUAUACUUCUGACCAACAAACUGCUAGCAAAGGUAGCAGACCUGGGAAUCUCUAAACAAGCACCUGAGCUGGACGCGGACAAAGCGUUAGUCAACACCGGAGUAUCGACGAUGAUCAAGGGCACCUUCGGUUAUCUGGAUCCUGAGUAUUAUGAACGACACAGGUUGACCACGAAGAGUGAUGUGUACAGUUUUGGAAUGGUCCUUCUGGAGAUCAUCACUGGCAAAAAGCCUCAAACUGCCAGGUUUCCCGGAUCCAAGGCAACAACGUUAACAGAGUGGGUACGGGAUGCUGUGAACACGGAUCAGAUCGAAAGCAUCGUGGAUCCUUCUCUGAGAAAGCAGUAUGUACGAGAGGGGAUGAUUAAGGUUGCUGAGACGGCCUUGCAAUGUCAGCUUCUGAGUGGUGCACAAAGGCCAGAGAUGGGGGAUGUUGUGCGAGCGUUAACUCAAGCUUUACAAUUAGAAGGAGAGGAUGUGGACACUGGACAGUUGACCGACGAUGACGAUGACAACUACCAAGGGACAUAUUAUGAAGAUGCCGAAAAUGGCCUGCCGAGAGUCCCGUUCAGUUCGGUUACUGGAUCCUCUACAGACACAGAUACAGCUUCCAUUGUGUCAAAUUAUCCGCAUACGCAUACAUCUUGGAACACGCUGCCCAGGUAGUGGGCAAAUUCUUUCUGUCCUUGAAGCAGGAGACAUCUUCGUCCGCAAGUCUUCUGUUCUGUUCUCCAUCAUCCCCUUGUUAAAUACGGGCCCCUUUUGGUAAUACUAUCAUUUGUCCAUCGGCUGAAGAGUCAAAGUUCCCAGAGUUGAGUUGAGAUGUUUCGAGUUUUCAACUCAGUCUCUACUGUUGUGUAUAUUGUAUUAGGAUAUUAACAGAAUGAGAUCGCGUUUCGUGUA